ACUGUCUUUUGCAUCCUCCUCUUUGUCGAGCUGUUCGCCGAUGCAACAUUCGUGAAAUUGUUAAAAUUGUUAACUUUUGACAGUGGCUCGCAGCUACAAAUCGUAACAGUGCAACUAAAAAACGGUGUUCAAGGCGUGACACGUGUGUUUGUUUGCCGAACGCGGCUAUUCAUCACAAUUUCGGGGCGUGUUUGGAGCGAGAAAAUGGAAAACGCAUGUUUCGUGCUCAGAUAAGGCCCAGCUGUGCGUCGGUCUCGCUCAAAUUUAACAAAUUGCGAAAAGUUUCCGGCUAGGCUUGCAAUCGAACAACACAGCAACUGCGAUUAUCCAAACAUCAGCUGAAAGCAGGACAAAGGCUGUGACAGAAACAACAACAAAAAGCACUGCAACAACAACAAGCUGCAACACGAAUACAACUACAAUCCCACUUCGAGCACACGCACCAUCCAAAAUACACACACACACACAUAAAAAAAAAACCACAACAACAUGCACCCACUGCAAAGUAGUUAAAUAAUUCUGCCCUGUCUGCGCUUUAUUUCCUCUUCAUUCUUGUACUCGUUUUAAUUUCAACAAGUUUUCUGUUCUCGCUUUCCCCACAUCUCUUUUAAACCAUCCGACGCGCAGUUCUUUUUUCGUUACUACACAACAACAACAACUACUACAGCAAUAUACAAAACUCACACAGUCACAGACACACACACACGCACUCACACAUACAGUACAUACACGUACGGCUCUCACACGAACAAUCCGACAUACAACAGUUUAUUUGCUGUGACGCAGCAGCCAACAAAAAGCACCUGCAAAUACGGCACGAGACCAGCGACCGGCUCCCGGUGCAGCUGUCAUAGCGAAAAACGCAACAACAGAAACACACACACACACAUACACACAAACACACUUGUUGCAAUCGCAGCAAAAGGAAGAGGCGGAGAGUGAGUGAGCAAGCCAGCGAGCGCGAGCCUAUAGAGGGAGCGACUACGAGAGAGAGAGGGAGAUAGAAAAGGGACGUCAAGGCGGCCGUCUCUCCAUUAAGUGCCUAAGCAGUCAGCUAUCAGCCACCGCACAUUAAAAACGCAAAGAUGGUCAAGGAGAAACCCAACUCUACACGCAUCUAUGAUAAGGAUGGCUUUAGACGGCGAGCUGCCUGCAUUUGUGUGCGAGCCGAGAACGAAGACGAGGUUCUACUGGUGACUUCUUCACGCCGUCCAGAGUUGUGGAUUGUGCCUGGCGGCGGGGUCGAGCCAGAGGAAGAGCCCUCGGUCACCGCCGUGCGCGAGGUUCUGGAGGAGGCAGGCGUUGUUGGCAGUCUGGGACGUUGUUUGGGUGUCUUUGAGAAUAACGAUCACAUGCAUCGUACCGAGGUGUUCGUAAUGAACGUGACCCAAGAGCUCGAUGAGUGGGAGGACUCGCGUAGCAUUGGACGCAAGCGCCAAUGGUUCACCAUUGAUGAUGCACUGUCCCAGCUGGCACUGCACAAGCCCACCCAGCAGCACUACUUGAUGCAGCUGCAGCACUCGAAGACGCUGGAGAAUGCCCACACGCCAGGUCGUGUAGUGAACGCUACCCAUCCGCCGAUCUUGGCAAACUCCGCUUCUGCAGCAGCGUCGCCCACAACGGCAUAAAGACAAAUGCAGAAUGAAUAAGCACCAGCAUACGCAUACAUACACGAACACGGACACAGACACAGAAACACACCAUGAACCCAUAUGCACAUAUUAUUUGCACUCCCACAUUUUGACAUUUAAAAAAUUUACAAUUAGACAGGCAGUUCAUAUUUUCAGUACGUUUAAAUCAUUAAUCCAACACCCGCUCCCCGCUCCCAUUAUAAUUGACUAAGCAGUCCGCAUCCCUUUCGAGUUUAGUUUAAGUCGAACGCUACAUUUAUGUUUUUAGAAAUUGUAUUGAGAAAAAAAAAUGUAUGUACUUUAAAUAAGAGAAUGCAUGAAAAAGAAAACAAGCAAACAAACACUAAAUUAACAAAUGAGAAUAAAUCUACAACAAAAAUGUAAUAAUUUUUGAGCGCAUAGGGCACUUUUUGCAAAACGAAAACAUGUACUAACAAAUACGAUAUCUAUUAGAUUUUUCUACUCUUUUAUAAUUUACUUAAAACAUCUUGAUUAUUGUAAUAAACCAUUGGAAAUGGCUUUAAGGAAGCGCUAAAAUUAAUUAAUUAUGCUAAGCGCCCUAAAUCAUAUAACAAACAAUUCUAAAUUCUAAAUUAUAAAAUUAUAACAAAGAGAGAAGAACACACGAAACUAUUUCGUUCGAUAUCUGCCACGAUUAAACGAUUGAACAACCUCUGUAUAAACUUCUGUUACAGGUAGAAUCAUUAGAACGCUAAAAUAAUUGACUAUCUAUGCCUAUGCAAGAAAAAGUAUGAAAACACAAGGAAAAAUAUAAAACAAAGCUAUGCCGGAAGAAAAAAAAUUAACUUAUUGUAAAAUAGAAAAAUAUGUGACAUUAGUGAAUCCAAGCAAAAUCAAGAGGGAUUCCUAAUCAAGCUACAUUUUAACAAUAGGGCAUAUGCACGCUGUACUUUUCAAAAAUACAAGGCAGAAUAAAUAAAUGAUAAAUACAUAUAAAAAUUGAAAA